AUGCCCAUUCUUGCUGAUUUAAAAUAUUAAGUUGAACUUUAAAUGAAGAAGACUUAAUCUAACAGAGUUGCCCCCAGUCCGAAGGAGAAAGUAAUGCUCUUGACCCGUAUUCUCUAUGAAAAGAAACCAAUUAAAGAAGCUUGUGAGGAGUUACGAAUGUCAUAUGCCUGGGGUAAGGCCAUAUGGUCUGAGCACAUAUCCCAAUAUAAUAAAUCAAAAAAACUAUAUAAAAAAAAAAAUGAUUCUCCCAAAACUCCCCCCAGCGAGACAGAAUAAAUCACUAAAAAGGUCGCCGGCGUCAAAAUGCUUCCUUAAGGACAACACAUCAGCAAAAAAUUCCACAUUCAAAUUUUAAUUCAUGGGAAUCCUGUCGUCUCUAAAAAGAGUUUUGAUUGA